CAUGGCAGCUACAACCAACAAUAACGUGGACUUUUCAGCGUCAAUUGCUGGCAUUUUGAAUGAAAAACAGCGCCCUGAACACCUGCAGGUUUUAAAAGCAUGCACGGCUGCGUUACGGGAAAAGGAAUACAGAGAUGUCGUCGAAGAGCAGGCUUUCUCCAGUCUUUUCCAAGUCUUGUCCUGUCUGUAUGAUGAGCUGCACGCUGCUAGUGUAGAUGAUCAGGACAUGCAGUCUGUUGCCUUACAGCUGCAGCUGAUAGCUGAGUGCUUCAGGGCUCAGAGGAACUCCUGUGUGCAAAGCACACGCAACCAGUGCCUGCUCAGGGAGCUUGGUUUUAUUGAUGUUUCUGUUAAACUCCUGAGCUUCCUUCAGACCAAAAAUUUGGAGGGCAGGGAUAGCAUAUUAGAACCUCUUCGUUGUGGGAUUCAGUUCCUGGGUAAUUUGGCAGUGGGAAACCAAAUCUGUAAAGAUGACAUUUGGCGGCUGACCUUCCCAGAUCUUCUGCUGCAGCUCCUCAGUGUCGAUGAUGAGAAGGUGUUGAACUACGCCUCUAUGGUGCUACACACGUGUCUGGAUGAAGCCAAGGUGGAAGAACUGACUGAUUCACGGAACAUUGAGCUGGCUCUGAAGGUGAUGGAGCUCUGCAGGACGCAACCAGAGCUAGACUGGACGGUUAUUAUUGCAACUCAGCAUUUCCUCAAUUCUUCAGCUCUGGUGGAAAAAAUGUACUCUGGGAUGUCUCAUAAUGAAAGGGUUACUCUGCUUGACCUGCUCUGUGCCCAGCUAAGAGAGGAAGACUCGGAGGAUUGUGGCGUCCCUUCCAGCGUGGCUCGUUUCAUGGCUUCUGCCUUCCAGAAAGGUUGUGGAGCUGUGCUGGCACUCGGUUCCGGCUCUGCUUCCAGUGAUGAGGAGGCUCUGACAGUGAUUAGUCUGCUAGAUGUGCUGUGUGAGAUGACCUCAGAUAAGGGGCAGUUCAUGUUCCUACAGGACCAUCCAGACCUUCUAGUAACUACUGUUGAGCUCCUGCAGCAGGUGCAUGCCAUUGGGAAGGCUAGUAAGAAUAUUUUCAGUGCUGCUCAGAACUUCUCGUCCUUCAGUGGAGAUGAAGACACUUCCUCACAUUCCCCUGUCGUCGGCUUCAAAGCCCACCUCAUCAGGCUCAUAGGAAACCUCUGCUACAAGAAUCCCAACAACCAGAACAAGGUGAGAGUACUGGAAGGCAUCCCGCUCGUCUUGGACAACUGCAACAUAGACAGCAACAACCCAUUCAUCAGCCAGUGGUCCAUCUUUGCAAUCAGGAACCUUCUAGAAAACAACACGCAGAAUCAGGAGCUGGUCGCCAGCCUGGAACGCCGCGGCACCGCCGACUACUCUGCGCUCAGGGAGUUGGGCUUCCAGGUGGAAGAGCGAGAUGGGAGCUUGCUGCUCAAAACUGUGAGGAAGGAUUCAUGAAAAUCUUACAGGACCAGCAAGGAGAAAGGAGGCCUUCAACUCAAAAGCAGGUUUUCAUGUGAAGUCAUUGUUUAGAAAGGAAUAAAUUCCAUGUGUAUAAGUUUGUGUUAACAUGUGCUGCAAGCCUCCUCAGGGCUACCCAAUACUUAAGCUUUGUGGCUGUCCAAAAAAUAGACAGUCACUCUGCUGAUUAGAAUAAGCUGAAUUAGACAUUUCUAUUAGAGAAGUAUAGGAUAACUUACUUUCCUGUCUCAGUAAUGCUGGGGCUUAAGACAUUCUUGGUACACAAAAGGUCCACAGGGUCCCCCUGGUAUAAAAGCAGAGGUCAAGACAUCCAGAACUCUUGUUUUGUGUUGACCCCAGUCUGGGAAAUGAAGAGUUUGUGAGAAGCGAGAACAUGCUGGUACCUUUUGGCAAAGCUAAUGCUCUGGAGUUUAAUCCAAAGACAAAGAGCACCUCAGUGUCCAGGCUUUUCACUUCUCAGAGACACUGAUGUUACCAGCAGGGGUUGUGGUUUAAUCCCAGGCCCAUAGUGACUUCUCCAGUAACCGGGAAACAGAGCAUGACCAACAAAAAUGAUGUAAUAACCCCCCUGCCCUGCAUCUCACCUAAUUAAAUGGUGUUGUCUGACCUUCUCCUCAUACGCAUGCUUAAAACUUUAAUGAAUAACUGCUUAUUUUAAAUAUAAAUAUAAGGUCAUCUAAGGUCAACAUACAAACAUACUAAAACUAACUCACACUAUGCAUGACACUAACCAGCAAAGCUCUUUACAGCAUGAGCUACGUGCUUUUGCAAUGCUGCUAGUGUUAAGGUUAUAAUAGUAAUGAGUUUUAUACUCAACAUAAUGUAGUGUAGUUCAUCUUCAUCUCUCUCUUCAUCUUCUAUUUCAAUCCUAUUAUGCAGUAUUGGAGAUGAGUAAGGCAUGAGACUGCUUAUGGCAUGUAAUGUAGAUCAUUAACCAUCUUUAAACUGAUAUUGAGUUAAUAUUUUCCACCUUACACCGCUUCUCUUCGCUUUGGCAAAUGUCUAAAUACUGACCUUUCUGUUUAGCUGUAGCUGUGUGUUUAUGGCUAUCUUGUGUUACAUGAGGGAUGGCUACGUAUUGAAAGUCCAAAGAGUGAGUGAGAGAUUGAGAGUGUGAAUGAAUGAAAGAAUGAGUGAGUGAAUCAGACCAGAAGCAUUAGUUUGCAGAAUGACAUCCCUCCCUGCUCCUCCCGUUGCUGGAUAAGCUGAACAGUCCUGACACCUCAACAAUGCAGCGCUUUACGGGCCUGCCCACACCCUGCUCCACCCUGUUUGCUCUGCCUCUGAUUUUUAAUGACAAAAUGUAUUGAAACAAUCCGCCGGACUCUCCCCUCAAUCCGCCGGCAUAGUGAAGGGAGCUUAUGCGGUUCCGGUCCCCAAGGAUUUCAGACAGCUAACAAAACAGCUGUUACUUGCGCUCGACUGGCUGGCUGCAAUGCUUUUCAGCCCCACAGGAAAGAGGCUAUGCGAGUCAGCCGGGCUGAAUGAGGUGGCAUGGCCGCGGCCGUCUGUUCACCUCCUAACACAUUAGUACCACAUCAGUCAAGGCCAGAAUUCUGGUGUUUCCCAUAUCAGCGUUUUAUACCGCAGGCCUCUACUAUAUUGUAUCUGUGCCUUCUGGUUUGAUAUUCGCCUUCAGCAAAAAAACAACAACACUUUGUCAGGGUGUAAAAUAUAUGCUUUAUGUUUGGAUAAAAUAAUAUGUUUAUAUAUGACUUAAUAAAGAUAUUGUGUGUGAGA